UUUAAUUUUGGGGAGGGGGGUGCAUUUUGUUUUAGGACACCUAGAGUCGAACUGUCCCUAACAAUUGCCCCCGCUCUCCCCUAUUGGCUAUUAUCACGCCUGAAGAUGGUGUGUGAGGUGGUGUUCCCGAUUACCACUCCUACUUAGUUUCUCUGCAUGGAUGACAGAUAAUCAUCACAUUUCACUAUGAGGAGGAUGGCGGAGGAGCUGCAACCAGCCGAGCACGGGUGGAUAUCCAGUUGGCUUCCAUCUUGGUGCCCCACCUCCCCUUCUCAGCUGAAGGAUGCAGAGGACAAAAUGCUCAAGGCUGUGAAGACCCCAUUCUCCAGGCAAGAUGUCCCGAUAUCCAAUGGCAACUAUCUCUGGACCAUAGCCUUCAACGCCAAGGCACAUCCCUCCCCCCAGCCCCAGUCUCAGCCUCAUCCCACUUCUCUCCAGCCCUCUCUCCAGCCCCAUCCCCGUCCUCCGCUGGUGCUUCUCCAUGGGUUUGGGGGUGGUGUGGGUCUGUGGGCUCAGAACCUGGACUCUCUGUGUGGCAGUGGAGCAGUGUAUGCCCUGGAUCUGCUGGGUUUCGGUCGAAGCAGCAGGCCCCUGUUCAGCAUGGACCCACAGGGGGCAGAGGAGCAGUUCCUAGGGGCCCUGGAGGAGUGGAGAGACAGGGUGGGCCUGGAGGAGAUUAUCCUGCUGGGACACAACCUGGGAGGAUACCUGGCUGCUGCAUACACACUCACACACCCACACAGGGUAAAACACCUGAUCCUUGUGGAGCCCUGGGGGUUCCCGGCCCGCCCAGAGAGCCUGGAUCAGGAGAAGUCAAUCCCAGUGUGGAUCAGAGCCAUGGGGGUCGUCAUGAAUCCCUUCAACCUCCUGGCUACACUAAGACUGGCUGGGCCACUGGGUCCUAUGUUGGUCCAGACCAUCAGGUCAGAUUUUAAACAGAAGUACUCUUCAGUGUUUGAUGACAACACUGUAUCAGACUACAUCUACCAUCUCAAUGCACAGACGCCCAGUGGUGAAACAGCGUUUAGGAACAUGACAGUACCAUGUGGUUGGGCUAAGAGACCGAUGCUAGAUCGUAUCGGACAGAUCCGACCCGACAUUCCCAUAUCCAUCAUCUACGGGUCCCGAUCCAGCAUCGACAGUGACUCGGGAUACACUCUCCAGAAAACCAGACCGGAUGUGGACAUCAUCGUGAUAAGGGGAGGAGGUCACUAUGUGUUUGCUGACCAGCCAGAUGACUUCAAUCAGAACGUUUUUCACAUCCUAGCCAGGAUGGAGGGAGGGAAGGAUGAGAGGAGGGAGAGAAGGAUGAGAGGAGGGAGAGAAGGAUGAGAGGAG